UUCCCCUCUUACUACACCUCAAUGUCAGCACGCUCCAUUUUGCCAAUACUUUUCUAUUCCAGUCGGCUUGUUUUAUAUUAAAAAAAGAAAAUAGUGGCUGGUAGUGCAAUCGAGAAAAAAUUUCUAUUUAUAAUGUAAUCUUUAUAUGUAUUUAUUAUCUGUCGUGUGGCACAAUAAACUUGCAGCAAUUCGACAAAGAAAUAUAAAAAUACAAAAAGAUGGAGUCAGACUCGAGACGGAAAAGAAGUCCGAGUGAGGAUUCCGACGAUGGACAUCGGCGAAGAUCACGAAAAUAUGACAGAUCUCCUUCUCCGAGGAGAUCUAGGUAUAGAAGAUCACGAUCUAGGGAUCGUCGAUCUCGAUCUUCCUCCAGAGACAGAAGAAGGGAGAAAUCAAGCAGAUCACAAGAUUGGAAUAAAGUAUCUUCUGCCACAUCGGCAUCGUCAACGGCUGCUGCAAAUCCUGCGGGAUAUGUCCCUCCCCAGGUACCAUACCAGGCUCCGCCUCCACCAAAUACAUCGCAACCUCCACCACAACUUGGCACGUACGCUUCCGGCUACAGUAGUUACAACUACAAUUAUGGUCAGGGCUACGAAUAUUCUUAUCAACAACCUCCCGGUUAUCGCAGCGACUAUCCGCCACCAAAUUGGCCAGGAAAUCAAGUACCAUAUAAUAAUCAACAAGCACCACCACCGCCAACGCUCUCCAGUAAUCAGGAGCAAUCACGUAACGUUGAACCAGUUCCACCGGGAAUGGUACCACCAUCGUUACCAAGACCAGAAGAUGCUAAGAAAGAAGCAAUCGCAGCUGAAGUGAAACAACAAAAAGCAACGCUAGCGAAACAACGUGAAGAAUAUGUGAAGAAAUCGGCAACACUUCAACGCGAAUUGGAAAUAUUGAGGCAGCAAUGCGACGAAAUCGGCAAGGAAGGCGGAUGCGAAAAUAAUCGAAUCAUCAAGGAGAAUCAAAAGCUUCAGGUUGAGAUACAAAAUAAAAUGAAAUCAAUUAACAACGUAAUCGACAUGCUUAAUGGCAUAAUUGGCGAUAAAGUAACAAUGGAUGACCUGAAGAAUAAAUUCAAACCAGAAAACAGGAACAAGCGAUCGAAAAGUCCUAAGGAAGAAUUUUCAUCGGAAAAAAUUGAAACGCCUGAAAAAGUGGCUCCUUCAGAAUUAGACAGAGAAAAUAAAUCUUCCAAGGAUGACAAACCGAUUUAUAAUUUUGUACAUUACGAUCCUGAAAUGCAUUGGUGUAAAGUCUGCGAUAUCUUUCCUAAAACAGCUAAGGAAUAUUUGAAUCAUCUACACAGCAAUAAUCACAAAGAAACUUGCUUGGAACGCAAGAUCGUAGAUAUGCCGUGGCACGAGCAUGUUGGCGAGGGAUCAGAGAAAGAAGUGCCCUAUUAUCCUGGCCUGCCAACGAAACGUACACCAAUAAAAGGUUUGCAAUUCUUCAGUCCAGCCACUGCGUGGUAUUGUAAACUCUGCGAUGCUUGGAUCGGUGACCUUCACUGCGCUAGCUUGCACUUGAAAUCUAAACGACAUUCCGAAAACUUUUCUCGAUUCGUGGAGCAGAAUCCACACUGGGAAACCGACUGGAUGGCUGAUCGUGAAAAGGCGUUCUCCGAUGAAAAGCACAAACAGAUUCAACUUGAAAUACAAAAGCACAAAGAAGAUGAGCAACAGCAGCCUGUGCCUGUUCAAAAACCCAAGAAGGCGAAGAAGAACAAGAAAAAGUCAAAGAAGAGUAAGAAACGUAAGCAGAAAAGUAGCAAUAGCGAUUCCUCCAGCGAUUCUGAAAAUACGGAUUCAGAUUCCGAUCAAGACACCUCGAAAAGUAUCAGAGUGGCCAUGAGAAAUAAAAUGAAAGCAUCAACGCAGGCAAUUUUAAACGAGGAAAUCGACUAUCACGGUAUUAAAUUGAAAGGACCCUGGGCGCAAGUUGCUCAACAACAAAUUCAAAACGUAGUGAAUUCCGAACUUCAUGCACCAGAGCCGGACGACAGACAACUAUUAAAUUCAAUACGUGACAAACUCAAGGCAAAACAAGAGGAGGAAAUAAAAUCCAUGAACAACAGAAAGCAAGUAAUGGAAAAAACAAUUCAAGAAUCUGAACAUGAGCCAAGCUUUCAGAAGAAGGAAGACGAAAUGGCAGCCUGGGGACAGAAGGAUCCAUCGAAACCCUUUUGGUUAAAGAAGGAGGAAGAAAAAAUUCAAGUUCCAAGCAAACCCGAAAUUCCCGAACCUAAAGAAAUACCGAAACCUCACAUGGGUUUCUGGACCAAGCAACAAGUCAACAUGCCUCCAAAGCCCAUUGAAAAUAAACCCAUCGAAAAGGAGGAUGAUCGCGAUCGUGACCGUGACAGAGACCGCGACCGUGAUCGUGACCGUUACAAAGACGAUCGUGAUCGAAAGUACGAUCGCCGGGACGAUAAGUACGAGCGCUAUGAUAAAUACGACAGAAGGCGGGGUCGAGAUCGUGACAGAGAUCGUGACCGUGACUAUUACGACGAUCGUCGGAAACGUGAUCGCGACUCCGGCGAUUCUCCCCGCAGAAAUUGGCGAGGGGAAUCCCCCAAGAGAGGCUACGACAAAUACAAGGAUCGCCGCGAAGACAGUGAGCCAAACGACGAUUCAAAAUUUGACAAAAAAAUGAUUGAUCCCAAGCUAAAAAAAAACUCCGCUCCCCCCAAGAAACUCCCAACGCCAAUCACAAAAGGGAAACUCCCUUUUAUAGGGCGGCUCCCCCUUUUUAAAAAAAAGGUUGAGGAGCCGAAAUUACCAGAAAAAGAACCACUUCCACUUCCCUACACUCAAAGUAAAUUUGAAAACACACCGAAAGUCCCCUGCGAAAUCAUCAAUCCACCAGGCAUCGUUCACAUCACGAAACUAGCGACUCCACUCAACCUCAACAACACCACCAUGAAGCCACAAAUGAAAAUUCUAGUCGCUCCUCCACCCCCCGUUCUCAAGGAAAGCAAAACGACCCAACAAGUCGUCGACAUGGAAAUUGAGGAUCAAUCCGAGGAAGUCGUGAUCGAACAACCAAUAAUCGAUCAUCAGAAGGAGACCGCAAAAAUUCCCGUUCCAACCACUCUCCCACCGAUGAAUCAACCUCCACCGAAUUUCGUCAGUCAACAACCACCACCCAAUGACAAAUUCAUCAACAGACCACCGCCAAUGUUCAACAAUCCCCCACCUCCAGUCAAUUUCACCCAAAAUCCACCGCCUCGAUUUCAAGUACCCCGACCAAACUUUGCCCAGAAUCAUCAAACUCAAUUACCACCGCCCACUGUCGCCUAUCCAAAUCCCCCACCUUCAGUAGGCGAAGUCAUGGUACCUGACGUCUCGGAAAUACCCGAACCAACUGACAAACGUCCUGAAAAUUCUCAUCCACUUCCCGAAGAUCUUCAGGAGGCGUUGAAUAUUAUUUUCCCAAAAGAUGAAAUACCUGAAUCGAAGGGAAAUUCCCAGGAUAAUAGCAUUAUGUACGCAUCCAUGUACAGUAUGCUCGGUUGUGUUGGCUAUGGUCCUGAAUUUAUGGAUCAACCCCCACCGGAAAUCACUCAACCGGAACAGGAAAAUGAGGCACAACCAGGACCCGAUGAUCUAAGAAUGCUCGGUAUCGAUGAAGGUGACUGUGUUUUGUGAAUGUUCUUUAUCUAUUUUUUCACAGUGAGAAAUUUUGAAAGAAAAUAAUUGUAAUUGUUAUAUAUAUAGGCUUUCGAAUGUACAGUUAUUCGAAGACAACUCUAAAAGAAAGCUUUUAAAGUACACACUCACAAAAAAUGGUACCCGAUUCUACGCAAAUUGAAAUCGAAAAAAUUUACCCAUUA